AUAGUGCUUUUUGGUGAAAGUGCCGAUGGCGCAACAAUGCUGCGACCGAAACAGUUCUUAGCGAUGAAAAAGGAGGCACAGCGUGGCUUGCAAAGGUAUCUGACUGGAGCAGGGCUCGAAAAUAAAACGCUUGGAUCAUAUGUCUAUCUGUCGUCCGAACCGCUUUAUGAAGCUAUUGCGGUAAAUUUUUUAAUAAUUCGUUGCAUGGUUACACAAUCUCCUGUACGCCUCACUUUGUGUGAUGAGGCAACGCUUUAG